GUAGCUACAGCUGCAACAAGAUCACAAGUCACAACAGAAGCGAAGAGAGAGAGAGAGAGAGAAUGGGAAGGAAGAAGGGAGUGGCGGACUUCGACGAGUCGCCGCCGGAUGACUUCGAUCCGGCGAAUCCGUACAAGGACCCGGUGGCGAUGCUGGAGAUGAGGGAGCACAUCGUCCGAGAGAAGUGGAUCCAAAUAGAGAAGGCCAAGAUUCUCCGGGACAAGCUCCGCUGGUGCUACCGCGUCGAAGGCAUCAACCACCUCCAGAAGUGCCGCCUCCUCCGCGACCAGUACCUCGAGUCCACGCGCGGCAUCGGUUGGGGCAAGGACCACCGCCCCUACGAGUUCCAUGGCCCCAAGCUGGAGGUGAAGGCGGAGGCGGAGGAGUCGGAGUGAUCGUUUAAGGUGAAUAAGUUUGGCCUGCAGAGUAGAGCUUAAAUUGGAGGGAAGUUGGGGAUCACAUACAUUAUUUGGUGCACUGUUGUUGUUCUCUUGAUCUGUCUUAACUAGACCCUGUGAAGAAUGGUUGUUUCGUUUUUCUUUCUUGUCACAGCUAAAGUUCAGAUGUUGGGCUUUGGCUUUUCUGUAGAUUAUCUUGCUUGUUAGCUUCCAGAUAUUGAAAGAGAUAUGGCUCGAGCUAUGCCCAGACAAAAUAAAAUAAAAUUCUCUCAUCUUUGAUGAUGUUUGAAAGA